UCACCCUCCACGCGGCGAACCUUGACGCGCAUUCGGUGACCGGUCCCCAAACGUGACUUGGCAUCAAGAGGACACAGCUCCCCUUACUGAGGGAGCUCAGGUGCCGGGCGCGCCGCGGCCCCGCCAGCUUUCCAGGCUGGCUCAGUCCUCGACCCGGGGUGACGGCCAAGCCAGCCAAGGGCGGCGGAAAAGUGACGCUGGGCUGGAGAGGUGGGGUGGCGAGUGCGGCCCCCGGGGAGUUAAGAGCAGCUGCAGCAGCUGGGUCUCAGGCUGGGCGAGGCAAGGGGGUCGCAGGCUGGGCUCGGAAGACUGAAAGAGGUGCCCACAUGACUCCAGGACGCACGGUGGGCGUGGGGCAGGAGCUGGACCUGGGCCGCCUCGGGUCGCCCCGGGGCUUGCAGUCCAGCCCUUCUCCGCGCUAGGGAGGGAAAGAGGGAGGGGAGAAGGCCAAGCCCGCCUCCAGCCCCAGCCCCAGCGGGGCUCGGCGGCCGCGGCUGCUGGAGGGAAACCAGAGGCACCUCCCCGAGCGGAGAAACCAGUUUGGCCGGUCCGGCGGAGCGGAGGGAAAAGGGCGGCUGCAGAGGAAGGGUGCACGGACGCGGGGCGGGGAAAGACGGGGGAGCCACUAGCGAGCCGCGAAAGCCGGAGGUGCCGCCGCCAACUAGACACGCUUCCCCGGGCCCCCGGCCAGGCCCCGUGCGCCAUGCAGCGCUAGCGCGGCGCCCAGGGCUGGGGCCGGGCGGGCGGUGGCAGCGGCCAGGUGCGCAGCGAGCGCUCCGAGCGGCGCGCACCAGGCGGAUGCCCCAGCCGGGGCCCAGCGAACGCCAGGUAAGCACGGGUGCGUCGCCGGGGGCCCCCAGACCUUCCCAAGCCCGCUGGCCCGGCGGUGUCCUGCAGGUUCCCUGGCCGCUCCCGACUCACUUUGGAGAUCCGGAAUGCGGCGGCAGCAGCUGUCCGCGCCCUCGGACGCCCGAGCCCGCACAGAUGGGAUUUGGGUGGAGGUGCUGGGAGCCCCCCAGGCCUCGGGGACGGCGAGACACUGCCGGCUGGGCAGGCAGCGCUGCGGAGAGUUCCGUGGGGUUUUCACCUGCCUAGAGGAGGGAACUCUCGGGGUGUUUGGGUUCUUCGAUCGGUAGCGACACACAUGUCUGGGGGUUAAGCCAGGUAGGGCUUGCGGCUCCUUGGGGGAUGCCGCUGGCUGCUGUGCGGUGGCUACCGCCCCUCUGGAAGACCCCGGUGACCGGAUUCUGCUGGGGCGCUCUUUGGGAGCAGAUGCCAACGUGUCCGAAAAGGACUUAUGGGCCAAACGUAUCUGACUGCGGCCCACCUGCCGGGAGGGAUGGAGGGAGUGAGAUCGCUCUCCUCCCCAGCUCCUGCGGCAGGGCCAGGUACUCCCAGACAUCUUCCGUGCGCUUUAUUGUGGGAUGGGGAGGGGAGGUGAUGGGGAAGACCGACACCACUGUUUUUCCGGUGACUGUCGGGUCGCGUCCGCCAGCCCCGCUGAGAUGGCUGCAGGCAUCUCCUUCCCUCAGCAGUUUGGUGCCCGGCGCUGUCACCUCGCUGUGUGCACGCGGAGGGGCAACUGGUUGCGGGGCGCGGGGAGAUGUUGCAGAGAAUGGCCCAGUGCUUUAACACCCCUCGCCCCCACUUCUCCAACUCCCUCCUUCUCCCCAAAGUGAAAGAAAAGUUCUGAAGUGUCCGCCCAACUUUUCCGACGGAGGCGUGUGCCUGUGGUCCCUGCCGGGGGUUGGUGGCGGCGAUGGGUGGGGGGCGGUGCUCGGAGCGCAGAUCCGUGACAGUUGUACGGGGGAGACUGGGUUGCAGUAAGGAUGCAAAAUGGGGAAGAGGGAUUGACACGCAAAAGUAAGGGGGACUUGGGCCGCGUUUCUGCCCGGUGAGUCCCCGCUCAACCCUACCCGACCCCCUUGGCCUGCACGCGCUGCCCUUGGGGGGCUGCAAGCCCUUCCUGGGUAGCUCCGGACGCCUCCGAGUUCCUCUCCCGGAAACUUGCCUCCCUGUUGGCGUGAGAAAAUAUUCGCUCCCGUCUUCCUGGUUGCAUUGCCUUCAAAAUUUUGCCACUAUCCAUGGGAAACUAAAAAAAGAAAAAACUAGUGGGAUGUUUGGAGAUCACCCGGCACACGGUAGUUCCAAUUUGCCAGCAGAAUGAGUACAGAAAGAGACUCAGAAACGACAUUUGACGAGGAUUCUCAGCCUAAUGACGAAGUGGUUCCCUACAGUGAUGAUGAAACAGAAGAUGAACUUGAUGACCAGGGGUCUGCUGUUGAACCAGAACAAAACCGAGUCAACAGGGAAGCACAGGAGAACCGGGAGCCAUUCAGAAAAGAAUGUACAUGGCAAGUCAAAGCAAACGAUCGCAAGUACCACGAACAACCUCGCUUUAUGAACACAAAAUUCUUUUGUAUUAAGGAGAGUAAAUAUGCGAAUAAUGCAAUUAAAACAUACAAGUACAACGCAUUUACCUUUAUACCAAUGAAUCUGUUUGAGCAAUUUAAGAGAGCAGCCAAUCUAUAUUUCCUGGUUCUUCUUAUCUUACAGGCAGUUCCUCAAAUCUCUACCCUGGCUUGGUACACCACACUAGUGCCCCUGCUUGUGGUGCUGGGCGUCACUGCAAUCAAAGACCUGGUGGACGAUGUGGCUCGCCAUAAAAUGGAUAAGGAAAUCAACAAUAGGACGUGUGAAGUCAUUAAGGAUGGCAGGUUCAAAGUUGCUAAGUGGAAAGAAAUUCAAGUUGGAGAUGUCAUUCGUCUGAAAAAAAAUGAUUUUGUUCCAGCUGACAUUCUCCUGCUGUCUAGCUCUGAGCCUAACAGCCUCUGCUAUGUGGAAACAGCAGAACUGGAUGGAGAAACCAAUUUAAAAUUUAAGAUGUCACUUGAAAUCACAGACCAGUACCUCCAAAGAGAAGAUGCAUUGGCAACAUUUGAUGGUCUUAUUGAAUGUGAAGAACCCAAUAACCGACUAGAUAAGUUUACAGGAACACUAUUUUGGAGAAACACAAGUUUUCCUUUGGAUGCUGAUAAAAUUUUGUUACGUGGCUGUGUAAUUAGGAAUACCGAUUUCUGCCACGGCUUAGUCAUUUUUGCAGGUGCUGACACUAAAAUAAUGAAGAAUAGUGGGAAAACCAGAUUUAAAAGAACUAAAAUUGAUUACUUGAUGAACUACAUGGUUUACACGAUCUUUGUUGUUCUUAUUCUGCUUUCUGCUGGUCUUGCCAUCGGCCAUGCUUAUUGGGAAGCACAGGUGGGCAAUUCCUCUUGGUACCUCUAUGAUGGAGAAGACGCUACACCCUCCUACCGUGGAUUCCUCAUUUUCUGGGGCUAUAUCAUUGUUCUCAACACCAUGGUACCCAUCUCUCUCUAUGUCAGCGUGGAAGUGAUUCGUCUUGGACAGAGUCACUUCAUCAACUGGGACCUGCAAAUGUACUAUGCUGAGAAGGACACACCCGCAAAAGCUAGAACCACCACACUCAAUGAACAGCUUGGGCAGAUCCAUUAUAUCUUCUCUGAUAAGACGGGGACACUCACACAAAACAUCAUGACCUUUAAAAAGUGCUGUAUCAACGGGCAGAUAUAUGGGGACCAUCGGGAUGCCUCUCAACACAACCAUAACAAAAUAGAGCAAGUUGAUUUUAGCUGGAAUACAUAUGCUGAUGGGAAGCUUGCAUUUUAUGACCACUAUCUUAUUGAGCAAAUCCAAUCAGGGAAAGAGCCAGAAGUACGACAGUUCUUCUUCUUGCUCGCAGUUUGCCACACGGUCAUGGUGGAUAGGACUGAUGGUCAGCUCAACUACCAGGCAGCCUCUCCCGAUGAAGGUGCCUUGGUAAACGCUGCCAGGAACUUUGGCUUUGCCUUCCUCGCCAGGACCCAGAACACCAUCACCAUCAGUGAACUGGGUACUGAAAGGACUUACAACGUUCUUGCCAUUUUGGACUUCAACAGUGACCGGAAGCGAAUGUCUAUCAUUGUAAGAACCCCAGAAGGCAAUAUCAAGCUUUACUGUAAAGGUGCUGACACUGUUAUUUAUGAACGGUUACAUCGAAUGAAUCCUACUAAGCAAGAAACACAGGAUGCCCUGGAUAUCUUUGCAAAUGAAACUCUUAGAACCCUAUGCCUUUGCUACAAGGAAAUUGAAGAAAAAGAAUUUACAGAAUGGAAUAAAAAGUUUAUGGCUGCCAGUGUGGCCUCCACCAACCGGGACGAAGCUCUGGAUAAAGUAUAUGAGGAGAUUGAAAAAGACUUAAUUCUCCUGGGAGCUACAGCUAUUGAAGACAAGCUACAGGAUGGAGUUCCAGAAACCAUUUCAAAACUUGCAAAAGCUGACAUUAAGAUCUGGGUGCUUACUGGAGACAAAAAGGAAACUGCUGAAAAUAUAGGAUUUGCUUGUGAACUUCUGACUGAAGACACCACCAUCUGCUAUGGGGAGGAUAUUAAUUCUCUUCUUCAUGCAAGGAUGGAAAACCAGAGGAACAGAGGUGGCGUCUAUGCAAAGUUUGCACCUCCUGUGCAGGAACCUUUUUUUCCACCUGGUGGAAACCGUGCCUUAAUCAUCACUGGUUCUUGGUUGAAUGAAAUUCUUCUCGAGAAAAAGACCAAGAGAAGUAAGAUUCUGAAGCUGAAGUUCCCAAGAACAGAAGAAGAAAGACGGAUGCGGACCCAAAGUAAAAGGAGGCUAGAUGCUAAGAAAGAGCAGCGGCAGAAAAACUUUGUGGACCUGGCCUGCGAGUGCAGCGCAGUCAUCUGCUGCCGCGUCACCCCCAAGCAGAAGGCCAUGGUGGUGGACCUGGUGAAGAGGUACAAGAAAGCCAUCACGCUGGCCAUCGGAGACGGGGCCAAUGACGUGAACAUGAUCAAAACUGCCCACAUUGGUGUUGGAAUAAGUGGACAAGAAGGAAUGCAAGCUGUCAUGUCGAGUGACUAUUCCUUCGCUCAGUUCCGAUAUCUGCAGAGGCUACUGCUGGUGCAUGGCCGAUGGUCUUAUAUAAGGAUGUGCAAGUUCCUACGAUACUUCUUUUACAAAAACUUUGCCUUUACUUUGGUUCAUUUCUGGUACUCCUUCUUCAAUGGCUACUCUGCGCAGACUGCAUACGAGGACUGGUUCAUCACCCUCUACAACGUGCUGUACACCAGCCUGCCUGUGCUCCUCAUGGGGCUGCUCGACCAGGAUGUGAGUGACAAACUGAGCCUCCGAUUCCCUGGGUUAUACAUAGUGGGACAAAGAGACUUACUAUUCAACUAUAAGAGAUUCUUUGUAAGCUUGUUGCAUGGGGUCCUAACAUCGAUGAUCCUCUUCUUCAUACCUCUUGGAGCUUAUCUGCAAACCGUAGGGCAGGACGGAGAGGCACCUUCCGACUACCAGUCUUUUGCCGUCACCAUUGCCUCUGCUCUUGUAAUAACAGUCAAUUUCCAGAUUGGCUUGGAUACUUCUUAUUGGACUUUUGUGAAUGCUUUUUCAAUUUUUGGAAGCAUUGCACUUUAUUUUGGCAUCAUGUUUGACUUUCAUAGUGCUGGAAUACAUGUUCUCUUUCCAUCUGCAUUUCAAUUUACAGGCACAGCUUCAAACGCUCUGAGACAGCCAUACAUUUGGUUAACUAUUAUCCUGACUGUUGCUGUGUGCUUACUGCCCGUCGUUGCCAUCCGAUUCCUGUCAAUGACCAUCUGGCCAUCAGAAAGUGAUAAGAUCCAGAAGCAUCGCAAGCGGUUGAAGGCGGAGGAGCAGUGGCAGCGACGGCAGCAGGUGUUCCGCCGGGGCGUGUCAACGCGGCGCUCGGCCUACGCCUUCUCGCACCAGCGGGGCUACGCGGACCUCAUCUCCUCCGGGCGCAGCAUCCGCAAGAAGCGCUCGCCGCUUGAUGCCAUCGUGGCUGAUGGCACCGCGGAGUACAGGCGCACCGGGGACAGCUGAUCCCUCACCCCCAGGCCGGGAUGCGGCCACAAAGCACGUCUAUUUUUUUAUGAAAGACUCUCAGGACUUUGUGUGUGUGUGUGAACUGCAUUCGUCACAAAGAUAUUGAAGACGAUAAAUAAUCUUUGUAACAAACUCCUUGGGUUAGACUAUUAAACAACAGCAGAGCCAAGAAAUAGGACUUUUAAAAGUCCUAUUAUUCGGCCGGGCGUGGUGGCUCAGGUCUGUAAUCCCAGCACUUUAGGAGGCUGAGGAGGGAGAUCACCUGAGGCCAGGAGUUCGAGACCAGCCCAGCCAACAUGGUGAAACCCUGUCUCUACCACAAAUUAAAAAAUUAGCAGGGCUUGGUGGUAGGCACCCGUAAUCCCACCUAUCUGAGAGGCUGAAGCGGGAUAAUCGCCUGAACCUGGGAAAUGGAGGUUACAGUGAGCCAAGAUUGCACCACUGCACUCCAGCCUGGGUGACAGAGCAAGACUCUGUCUUAAGAAAAAUUUAAAAAUAGGCCGGGCACAGUGGCUCAUGCCUGUCAUCCUAGCACUUUAGGAGGCCAAGGCAGGUGGAUCACUUGAGGUCAGGAGACCAGCCCGGCCAACAUGGUGAAACCACAUCUCUACUAAAAAUACAAAAAUUAGCUGGAAAUCGCUUGAACCUGGGAGGUGGAGGUUCCAGUGAGCCGAGAUCGUGGCACUGCACUCCAGCCUGAGCAACAGAGUGAGACUCCAUCUCAAACAAAUUUUUUUAAUAAUAAUAAAAGUCCUAUUAUUCAACUGGUUAUGUACAUUAUGGUUGAAAGGGAAUGUUUUAAUCCAGUCUCAACAUCCAGGGCAAUAGUAUUAAAAAGCAUGUUGUAUUUCAGUUCAAAUGGUAUUGUAUUAUAAAAUUAGUUACAUUUUCCUUUCUGUGAUCUUUAGCAUAAUUUCCCAGAGCUCCUUUUUCCCCUCUAUAGGCCAUCUUAUUAACAGAUUUUAAAAUUUAUAGUAAUGACAAAUGACUUAUCAGUGUUCAUCAUCUGAAAGCUAAGUGGUUCAAUCACUUUUUCAAAGUUGAUAGUAGAUUGCAUGGUUUCAUGUUUCCUCAUAUUGGUUUAAUAAUUCUAUUUAAUCAAGGAAAAUAACUUCAGAUUCCAUAAAGUUUCAGUUUAUUUUUGGUUUACUACUAGGUGAGAUAGCACAUUACAUACUUUUACUAUCAAAUAUUAUUUUAGCAGCUUCCCAUAGUACCAAAUGAUUUGAUUCCCUACUGUCAUUUUUUAAAGCAUCUAAAUAUUUACGGGUUUAAAAAAGGUGUUUUUAAAAACUGAGGAUAUCAGUAAUAAAUUACAGAAUAUUUUGCAAAGCUUUCUUUUGGAAAGCAAACUUUUGUGCCUGCCUAUAUGUAAAGUAUUUUAUAAGGGACUUGAACAGAGACCUCACUCUUUUUCACUUGUCUUAUGUCGAGAGAAAAGGUUAUCGGCAGCCACAUUCCUAAGACUGGGGAAUGGUGUGUCCUUUUAAAUUUGAAGAUAACUUUAGGUAAUUAUGGAAACUCCUCAAGGAGGUAAAAGAAAUUUUUUUCCAGACAUUUUUCUCAUUCUGUGUCUUUCACAAACCUAGUUUCCAUAGUUCAAUAAUUCUGUUUUUUACCAUUGGGCUGUGAAUGUUCACAAUAUCAGUCCUGUUGAAUUCCUAUGAGGUAAUCACAAUGUGUAUAUAGUUCAUUUUCUAGGUAUGAUGAAAGAAUGUAUGGCUUUUUAUUCUAUGGAAGUAAAAUCCUGAACGUUUACAACUUUUUCUUAACUUGUAAAUAAAAAAUUAUAAGUUUUUUCUUUUUUUACAGAAAAGUUAGCUUGUGUAAUUCUGUUAGUUUCAGAUUUCUCUCCUGUUUUUACAAAUUGUGGGAAAGAUUGACAAUGCAAAUGUGUCAAAGACAUACUGUUGGGUGCAAUAUUAACAAUUUUAAAAUGCAAAUUUCUUUGGAUAAAUUAUUUCUAUAUUCUGUAAAUCUGAGAUUUAAUGUAUAUUUUGUUUAAAAAAAUGAUUUAGUAAAAUCUUUGAAAAGUAUAAUCUUCUAAAGCAUUUAAA